AUGGAGGCUUUGUACAAGGAGACUGUCUUGCUCGUGGAGGAAUAUCCUUUGCUGAAACAAUAUGGCAUCUAUGGUGCCAUUGCGGGGAGCUUGAUCCUCUACACUGCUUUGCUGGCCAUCUAUCGUCUUAACUUCCAUCCGUUGGCCGGAUUUCCUGGACCCAAAAUUGCCGCUGUCAGUCGCUGGUAUGAGUUCUACCACGAUGUGGUUAAGCGGGGGAAUUAUGUGUACAAAAUAGAGGAGAUGCACCAGAAAUACGGGCCAAUUAUCCGUAUCAACCCACACGAGAUAGUCAUCAAUGACCCGGAAUUCUACAACGAUGUCUACGUGGCCGGCAACACCCGCCGUACGGCCAUCUGGCCUCGCUACAGGACCGGCAUUGGCUUUGACGGCUCUCACACCAUGACGGAGAACCACGAACUGCACCGUCGUCGCCGCAAGCCACUUGAGCCUUUCUUCUCCCGCAUGGGCAUCGAUAAGAUGGAACCUAUGAUCAUCGAGGAAGCCAAACUCCUUGAUGCUCGUUUAACCGAGCUUAAGGGAUCCGGCAAUGUCGUCCGGCUCGACCAUGUGUUCUCUGCCUUUGCCGGAGACGUUGUCGGCCGGAUCUGUUGUGAAAGCCCUCCUGACAUGAUGAACAAUCCAGAGUUUGGCAAAGAGUGGCACAACUUGAUCGAGAGUAUUGUGAGACAGCUUCUCUUGUUCAUGCAUUUCCCGCAAUUAGUCGCUCUGGCGUCCAUGAUUCCAACCGGGUUCCUCCUGCGUGUGUACCCAGGAGCUGCCGGAUUCAACGUGUUCCGCCAGCUUGCUACUAAGCACAUUAUUGAUGCUAAACAGGACAAUCUUAGCAAACAGAAAGUUGAAGCGAACGGGAAGAGUUCUGUAUUCCGCUAUGUUAUUACAAGCGAGAUGCCUAAGUCUGAGUGCGGCACGGAGCGUCUGAGUCGCGAGGCGAUGGUACUCUUCGGGGCUGGCACCGCCACCACCGCACGUACGAUGGGCUUCAUGUGCUACUACAUUCUCACUAAUCCGCACAUGCGGCAGCGUCUAGGCGAAGAGCUCAACGAUAUCAUGGCAGAUUACCCGCACACCCUGCCUACCUGGCAGCAACUGGAACAGUUGCCGUAUUUGCAGGCACUGAUUAAGGAGGGCCUACGCCUGAGCUACGGCGUAAUGCGCCGUCUUCCCCGGAUCUCGCCGGAUAUCCCCCUUGUCUACAAGCAUUGGGUGAUUCCUGCUGGCACUCCCGUGGGAAUGGCUGCAUAUAGCCUGCACACCGACCCAGAAGUCUACCCGGAGCCAUUCAAGUUCAUUCCCGAGCGUUGGCUGGGCGAUUAUAACGCCGAUAUGAACAGGAACUGGGUUCCUUUCAGCAGAGGAUCUCGGAAUUGCUUAGGCAUGAAUCUGGCUUAUGCUGAGAUGUACUGGGCCAUGGCAGUAAUGUUCAGGCCGGAUGCACCCCGCUUCGAAUUAUUCGAAACGGACGAAUCUGAUAUCUCGCAGUCUGUGGAUUUCUUGAUGCCUCUUCCAAAGUUGGAUAGCAAUGGAAUAAGGAUCACAAUCCAUUGA